CAUACUCAAUUUUUGGAAUCAGCACUGAAGAAAUCCGUGCUGCUCUACUGUAUACCGACAUUGGAACCCGGGGUCAAGUAAUGGGCAGCAUUGUGUUGGGGCGGAAAUCAAACAACACUUCGACAGUGCAUGCGUAGACUCUGAACAUAUUUGUUUUUGCCUUUUUUUUGGUUCUUCACAUUACUACGCAAUCGGGGACAAGGACUUGGCCUAAUUAGAUACUAAAUCUUCCGAAUCGUAUUAAAUAUUGGACUUCCCUCAUCCAUCUCUAUCAGAUCCUCCCAAGUACCGCUUCCUUCUCGAUGGCUUCAGAGCAUACAACUCCCACCACUUCACUCGCUGGCAAGGUCGCACUCGUCACUGGUUCGUCAAGGGGUAUCGGUGCUGCGAUAGCAGUCGGUCUAGCAGAGCAAGGGGCCGAUGUUGUUAUCAAUUACUGCACUGACAUUAAAUCUGCCGACCGCACCGUCGAGAAAAUAAAAUCUAUGGGACGAAAGGCAAUUGCUGUUAAAGCGGACACUUCCACCCUCUGCGGGGGAAAAAGCCUACUUGACGCAACAGUCAAGGAGUUUGGUCGCCUUGACAUUCUUGUCUUGAAUGCUGGAAUGAUGGGCACCCAUGUCAUGGAGGAUACUGACGAAGCAUACUUCGAUGCACAUUUCAACACGAAUGUUAAAGGACCGUUUUUCAUCGUGAAAUCGGCGGCGAAGCUCUUCCCCGAAACCGGUGGACGGGUUAUUUUUAUCUCUUCCUCUAUGACAAUUGCCAGCCAAAUCAUUCCUGAGUAUACUGUCUAUACAAUGACGAAAGGCGCAAUCGAACAGAUGUCCCGACUUCUCGCGAAAGAUCUCGGAACACGGUCUAUCACCGUCAAUACCAUCUCACCAGGACCUACAGAUACUGAACUCUUCCGCUCUGGUGUUUCCGAAGACCUGAUGCGCUAUCUAGCAUCUCAAAAUCCAAAUAAACGGAUGGCGAGACCGGACGAUGUUGCCCCGUUGGUUGCUUUCGUGGCAAGUCCAGCUGCAUAUUGGAUCAAUGGAGCUAAUUUAAGAGCUAACGGGGGUUAUAUUGUGUAAAAUGAUUAGUGUGCUGGGGCAGAGUCUUGUUCUAAAUCUGUAUCUAUGUACGUUGCAAUGUAAAUUACAUGA